AUGGCUACAAAUACCGAGAUCCAUAAGAAAAACGACAACGUUGCGCUCUCUCAGGACGAAAAAGGAACCUGGACCCCUUCAACUCAGCCUUCAAUUACUGCCGCCAUUACCGAAGACCAACACCUGCAGGGCUUCGCUCCCCAGGCCCAGCUUGGAUCCGUUGAGCCGCAUGUGUUUUCGGACCCUGCGCGUGCAGCAUAUUGGAGGAAUCUCUAUGAAACGGUCAGAUAUGAAGGCAGAUCCAGGUUCGACCCAGAGUUGACCUGGACUGCCGAGACCGAACGACGUUUGAAAAUGAAACUGGAUCUGAGAAUCAUGCUCUGGGUUUGGAUCAUGUUCUCGUCUUUGGACCUUGUCCGGCGGAAUAUUAACCGUGCUGUGUCGGAUAACAUGCUGGACGACCUGAACAUAGACACCAACGACUACAACACCGGCCAGACAGUCUUCUUCAUCUGCUUUCUCGGCUCAGAACUCCCCGGAAACCUGAUCAGCAAGAAAUUCGGGCCCGAUCGAAUCAUCCCCAUAUGUAUUGUGCUCUGGGGUAUAGCAUGCGCGGCUCAAUCUGCUAUGACCGGACGGGCAUCGUUCCUCGCGAUGCGUGCGAUAAUCGGAACAUUGCAAGGAGGAUUUAUCCCUGAGAUGGUGCUCUACCUUUCGUACUUUUAUAAGAGUAACGAGCUUCCGAUUCGACUGUCGAUAUUCUACACUGCUAUUCCGGUCACGCAGAUAUACGGCGCGCUUAUCGCCAGUGGGAUUCUGGAGAUGAGAGGAGUGAGAGGAUGGGCUGGUUGGCAGUGGCUGUUCCUCAUCGAAGGUCUAAUUUGCAUUGUCGUGGGGCUCAUCAGCGCCGGCGUCAUGUCGACCUCCAUCAUCCAGCCCGCAUUCCUGUUCCGCCGCAAAGACGGAAGCAACAAAUGGUGGACAGAAGAAGAAGAAAAGGUCUUGGUAAACCGUCUUCUUCGCGAUGAUCCCACCAAGGGCGACAUGAACAACCGACAGCCCGUUGGAGUGAAAGAAGUCUGGAACGCCAUCACCAACAUUGACGUCUGGCCCAUCUAUAUCCUCGGCCUAACCGCCUGGAUCCCAUUUCAACCCGUCGCAAACUACCUCUCGCUCAUCCUGCGCGGCAUGGACUACACCGUCCUAGAAUCCAACCUCCUCGCGAUCCCCGGCUACGUGCUCUUCGCAGUAAACGUUCUCAUCGCAGGCUGGCUAUCCGAAAAAUUCAAAGAACGGUCCCUCGUCGCCGCCCUCAGCAACAUCUGGAUGCUCCCCUUCUUCAUCGCGCUCGUCUGCAUCCCCGACUCUGCAAGCCCCUGGGUGCGCUACGCAAUGCUAACAGGCAUCAACGGCAUCCCUUACACGCAUUCCAUCCUGGUGGGGAUGACGUCCGCGAACGCAAAGACGGUCAGCAUGCGUGCUGUUUCGACCGCUAUAUACAAUAUGUCGUACCAGGUUGGGAGUAUUGUUGCGGUCAAUAUUUAUCGCGAGGAGGAUAAGCCUUACUACCACACAGCUAACAAGGCCCUGACGGGACUUUGUGCUGCGAAUAUUGCCCUGUUUAUCGGCAUGAAGCUGUUUUAUAUCUGGCGCAACAAGCAGCGUCAGGCGCGCUGGGAUGCGCUGCCCGCGUCGGAGAAGAUUAGUGGUGUCGAUGUUAAAUAUCUACACUGA